AUGCGCGCGAAACGAACCAACACCCAACCGCUGGAGGACGCCUCCACCGCGCCCGCCACCUUCACAGACAAUUUGCCCCUCCCGAAACUGAUCGCCUUCGAUUUGGACUACACGCUGUGGCCGUUCUGGGUCGACACGCACGUCAGCGCGCCGGUGAAGCCGCGCGACAAUAACUCGCGCUGUAUCGACCGCAAAUGGAACGAGUCCUUCGCCUUCUACCCCUCCGUCUCGUCAAUCCUCUACGCCUGCAAAGCGCGACAGAUCCCGCUGGCGCUGGCCUCCCGAACGCAUACGCCUGACCUUGCCCGCGACAUGCUCAAGGCCCUACAUGUGAUCCCCACGUUCUCGGAUAACCUGGCGGCGGCGAGGGGCGCGGCGCGGUCGGUGCGCUCGCUCGACUACUUCGACUACGUGCAGAUCUUCCCGGCCAGCAAGACGGCGCAUUUUGCCAAGAUCCAGAGCGCGAGCGGGGUGCGGUUCGAGGAUAUGCUGUUUUUUGAUGACGAGGCGAGGAAUCGCAAUGUGGAGACGGAGCUGGGGGUGACGUUCUGCUUGGUCCGCGACGGGGUGACGAGGGAGGAAAUUGAUCGGGGGGUGUGGGAUUGGCGGCGCAGGAAUGGGAUUAAACCAGCGAAUACCGAGAAUGUGGAGACGAGAAGAAGAACAGAAAUGGACUAUCUCAAACCCCCACCCUCCCGCCCCACCGCCCAACCACAAUCCCAAUCACAAUCCCGUCCCCAACCACCACCACGCGCCCCCGUCCACGCCCACUCAACAGCGACCAUCUCCGACACAGCAACCUUCCAAGGCACCCACCCCAUCACAAUCGGCGUCGGCAGCAUCAUCCACCCACGCGCAAAGCUCUACUCCUUCGACGGGCCCAUCACAAUCGGCGACGCGUGCAUCAUCUCCGAGAAGUGCGUCCUCGGCCUCCCACCAGCCCAACACUCGCACGUCGCAGCGCAGAUCGGCCUGCGCAAUGGGCAGGACCGCGAGAUUCGCGUGUCGGCGAGUGUGACGCUCGCCGCCGGCGUUACUGUUUUCCCGGGCGUGACGGUUUGUUCGGCGGCGUCGGUGGAGAGUCUUGCUGUUUUGAGGGGCGGGUGUGUGGUUGGUUCUCAUGCGAGGGUUUGUGCCGGGUGUGAGGUUGAGGCUGAUGUGAGGAUCCCGGACUGGGUGGUCGUCUGGGGGGGUGUGGGGAGGCCGCUGCAGAGGAGACGUAGGGCGAGGGGGAAGAAGUCUUCGCCGGUUGUUGUUGCUGCUGCUGCUGCUCAGGGUCAGGAUCAGGAUGCUGCUGCUGCUGCUGCUACGCUUGAGGGGAAGGUCAUUGAGGAGGCGAGACUGGUCGUGUUGCAGAGGGAGAGGGAGACGCUGACCAAGUUGGUUGCUGCGGGGAAUACGCGGAAGAAGUGAUUUAUCUGUUUCUUUACUUUUGCUUUCUUUCAUCUUCGGAGAAUGCUGUUUUGUUUAUACAGCGAGCUACGAUACCCAUUUCUCCAUAUCAGGUCUGAAAAACAUAGCAUAGUUUCAGAUCAUACCAGAGCCAGAUG